UCGAAACUUUGUUUCUUGGACUUUUUCUGUUGCUCGCUUGUUUUUUUCUGGUGCAAACCGUGCUUCUAUUCGACCUGCAAAGUGUUCGGCAGCAUCGGUCCAGGCCCGGAUUUAAUCUUUAAUCUUUAAUCUUUCCUCUCACCGACACUCAUCUUUAUUCAUCGUGGCAUGGUUUUGCAUCGAAAGGUGAGAUUUCCAUGAACAACAGACACUUCCUGGGCUCUAAAAAAAAGAAGAAAAGUGAAACGUUUUGGGGGUUUGAUUGUGCUCGAUCCUCGUCUGACGUGGCAUCAGGAUUUGCUUUGACCGGACGCGUGUUCACAUCCAAAGCCAUCUCGCCAGCUGUGUAGACCCCUGCUCUCUCCACCCCUGCGCUAUGAGCAGAGGUAGAGGAGGGCCUUACAAAGAACAACCCCACUGGCACCCGCCACUCCAUCGCAGCCCCACCAAGAGGCUUCCUAAACCUGACAACUUCACCUCAAGCUACGACCCCCACCCUGUACCCGAUUCUUUUCCCAACCUGCAGGUCCAGUUUCUGAGAGGACAGAGACCCGAGGCGCCGCAGUUCUCAGCCGAUCCGUCCCACUACUGCCUGCCGUGGGGUUACAACGCACAUCCAAGGCCGUACCGGGGCAGAGGCUGCCACAGCCGGGUCCAGAGUCAUGCCUACACGCCGACCGGCCGCUUGAGUCAAAACCCGGUGCAAAGUCGAUGGCGCAGCUCCAACUCUGGAUGCAGCGUACCAGAUAGCGGUCUUCGCGCCAGUUUUCAGAGCUUGUCAAUCAACCCCAGUAGGACCAACAGCGCAGGCCGCGACUUCACUAGAGGCGUCAUCACACUCACGGCAGAGAUCCAAGACCACGUGCACCAGGCUCUGGCUGCUCUGAGACCAAGUGAGAGUAUCUCUGCAAAGUUCCUGUGCAAAAAACUCCAUCUUCCCAAAAAGAUCAUCAACCAGGCUCUGUACUCCUUGGAAAGUUCACAGAAAGCCUCCAAGCAAGGAACCGCCCCUCCAAAGUGGACUUCAUACAAAGAAGCUGUCAGUGCUGAGGAACAGCAAAACACCCGAAUCCCUGAAGUGACGUUAAAAACUUUAGAUGAGGAAGAGCAGGUAGAAGAAGAAGACACUGACAUUGAAAUCAGCUCUCACUUCUCUUCCUCCGAGUCUUCUGUCUUGGAAGAGAACCCGCCGCAGGAGAACCAACACCCGAGCUCCGCCGCAUCCCCUGAUUCGUUUAAAUCUUCCACCAUGGCAGAUCAGAAGGAGCAGGUUCUGCAGCACCUCCUGGAUUUAGGGGUGGUGACUUCCCUCGUGCUUGCUAAAAACAUGGGUCUGAAGACCUCCAAGCAGGUCAAUCCCACCUUGUACGACCUGGAGAAAAAAGGCGACGUCGUGAAGAACAGCAAAGUCAAUCCCCCGACCUGGGAGCUCUCGGCGCACCGCAGAGAGAGAAUGACGAGGAGCCUCAAAGCCGCCAAGAGCGGCCAGUCGGGGGAGGUACCUGGUCAGGUGAAGAUGGAGGGGUCUCUCUUACCGCCUGAACCGAUCAUCGCCGACCUGGAGCCACUGCCAUUUGACGAAAGUUGGAUACCAAAGCACAUUGAAGUGGACGAAUCCGGGGGCGGUCCCGCCGCCGUUCAGCCACCCUCCUUAAACGCAAAUCAGGGUAUGGAGACCGCCGAAGGUCAGUGGGCUUCCGACGAGAUCCCAGAAUUCUUAAAUGCCAUUCGCAAAUCAACCGACGCCGAGAGAGAGGCGGCGGCGGCGGCGGCCAACCCGAUAGGAACCGUCGCCGUGUCCCUGGCCGCCCCGCCGGCUCAGAACCUUUGGGCCAAAUUACAAGAGGUCCGACUGAAGAACCCCGUCAGCGGCCUGAUGGAGUACGCACAAUAUCUGGGCCACACCUGUGAAUUCUUACUCCUCGACCAAUCCGGACCCUCCCACGAUCCAAGAUUCCGAAUGCAGGUUAUGCUCAACGGGAGACUGUUUCCUGUAGCGGAAGCGUCCACAAAAAAGGUAGCGAAGAAAGACGCGGCGGCCGCCACCUUGCUGAUUCUCUUCGGGGAGAUGCAGGGAGGUACAAGUACAGGGGGUGAGGGAAGUACUGCCGGGAUGGACCAAACCAAAAUGGACAUGCUUUCGGACUCUGGUGGUCCCAUUGAAGGCUCGGGGGGUGUUUUUGGGGCCGGUAGCGUGGAAGUGAUGGGCAUGUCCGAUGGGUCCCGCCAACCUCUGUCCCGCUCUCUGCCCGGCGGGAAGAAUCCGGUGUCGGUCCUGAUGGAAUACAGCCAACGUAGCGGGAACCCCAUUGAAUUUAUCAUCACCGGCCAAGUGGGCCCGCCGCAUGACCCGAGGUUCAUGUACAGAGUGAAAGUCGGAGAGACGUUGUUUGCAGAGGCAUCGGCCCCGAGCAAAAAGGCAGCGCGCCAGCUGGCGGCAGAGGAAGCCGUCAAAGAAUUAAUGGCGGAUGGAAGGCUGCAGCUCAACAAGCCUCAGUUGCCUCUCGGCUCCAACAGCGAUAGCGAUAACUGCGGGACCACUUGCCCCUCUUUGCCGCCCCUGACUGCCGAUGAGCUGCGAGCAGCCCACGAGGCCGGCGUUGGGGAUCUUAUCAACCACCUGAACAACAAUGCGGUGUCGGGCCUUCUGGAGUACGCCCGCGCCCGAGGAUUUGCUGCAGAGAUCCGUCUGGUGGGCCAAUCCGGGUCUGCACAUGAGCCUAAGUUCACCUACCAGGCCAAGCUGGGUGGACGCUGGUUCCCUGCGGUGUGCGCGUCCAAUAAGAAGCAGGGCAAACAGGAAGCUGCCGACGCUGCCCUACGCGUUUUGAUCGGAGAGGCGGAGAGGGCAGCCCGGACUGGGGAGCUGAUCCCCGCCGAGCUUCCUGUUAGCGGCAGCACGUUGCACGACCAGAUCGCCAUGCUCAGCCACCAGCGCUUCAACGCCUUGACCACGCGCAUCCAGCACAGCCUCCUGGGACGCAAGAUCCUGGCCACCAUCGUCAUGAGGAGGGGGGAAGGCCUGGGGACCGUGGUUAGCCUGGGAACCGGCAAUCGCUGCGUGAAAGGGGAGGAGCUGAGCCUUAAAGGGGAGACCGUAAAUGACGGCCAUGCUGAAAUCAUCUCCAGAAGAGGAUUUAUCAGGUUUCUGUACAGCGAGUUGAUGAAGCACCGCGAAGGUAUCGACAACAGUAUAUUCGAGGCGGCGGAAGACAACAAACUGCGGGUCAAAUCUGACAUCACCUUUCACCUCUACAUUAGCACGGCGCCCUGCGGGGACGGCGCUCUAUUUGACAAGUCGUGCAGCGAGACGGGGGACGAGGCGUCGGGUCACCAGCCUCUGUUUGAGAAUGCCAAGCAGGGCAAGCUGCGCACCAAGGUGGAGAAUGGCGAGGGCACCAUCCCGGUAGAAUCCAGCGCCAUUGUGCCCACCUGGGACGGCAUCCAGCACGGGGAGAGGCUCCGCACCAUGAGCUGCAGUGAUAAGAUCCUACGCUGGAACGUGUUGGGCCUGCAGGGGGCGCUGCUCACUCACUUUCUGCAUCCCAUCUACCUGAAGUCCAUCACACUCGGGUAUCUGUACAGCCACGGUCACCUGACCCGAGCCGUGUGCUGCCGGCUGGCGAGAGACGGCCAAGCGUUCAACCAAAGUCUCCCUCCUCCCUUCCAGCUCAACCACCCUGAGGUGGGCCGAGUCAGCGUGUACGACUCCACGCGCCACACGGGAAAAACUAAGGAGUCCAGUGUGAACUGGAGCCUUCCGGACCAGACGUGCGUGGAGGUUCUGGACGGGACCAAAGGCAAACUGGAUGGGAACAAGCUGGCCGUGUCCCGCGUGUCCAAGUCCAACCUCUUCUGUCUGUUCCGCUCGCUGUGCCAGCGGUGCGGCCGCACGGACCUCCUCUCCAUGCCCUCCUACUCCCAGGCCAAAAUGGCGGCCACGUCAUUCCAGCUAGCAAAGCAGCGGUUCUUCCAAGCGCUCGGCGACCACGGCUACGGAGCGUGGAUCGGCAAACCGCUGGAGGAGAAGAGCUUCGAGGUGGGGGAGUGGACGGGCGGAGCCGGCGCCGUCCCGUUUGGCGGCAAUCGGAACGGAGGAGCGAUGGAAUACAACCAGGCGGAGGCGUAGCGCGUUGCGGCGAUGAAACGGGGACGGGGUGCCGCUUGAGAAGGGGAGGGGUGGGGGAGCGGACAAAGAGGACAAUCAAACAACACCUUAGCCAAUGGCUGCCAUCUGAUUGGCUAAAGGCUAAGAAGAGAGUCAUGGGAACGAACGGAGCAGGAAAUGACAUGACGGGAAGCCUGAAGGAGGAGGGCUCGGAAAUAACAACAACAAAGCCACAGAAGAGUUAGUUAGCUUGUACAGACGCCCGUCCCCGCCGCCCCCCUUCUCAUUUCGCAGAGCUGGCAGGAUCCCUUCCUAAACAUCACAUGACCCACCAGCGGGGGCGGCGCCCCUGCUGACCCGCCGGCGGGGGCGGCGCCCCUGCUGACCCGCCGGCGGGGGCGGCGCCCCUGCUGACCCGCCGGCGGGGCGGCGCCCCUGCUGACCCGCCAG